AUGUAUACAAAAUCAGCAGCUCAGGGAACUAAAGAGCAAAGCCAGGCCGUGGCCAUCAAAGAAGAACACAGGACCCCCAGCACUCUGUCUCGAGGCUGGGGAGAUGACAUUGAAUGGGUGCAGACGUACGAAGAAGGUUUAGCACGAUCCAAACACAGCAAGAAGCCACUGAUGGUUAUUCACCACUUGGAAGAGUGUCCUUACAGCCAAGCUUUAAGGAGAGCAUUUGCUUCUAGCCCAGAGAUCCAGCAGAUGGCUCAGGAGGACUUUAUAAUGCUCAAUCUGGUGUAUUCCAGCAGCGAUGACAACAUGGCGCCCGACGGCCAUUACGUCCCUCGGAUCCUCUUUGUGGAUCCUUCUAUGACAGUUCGAGCCGAUCUAACUGGCAAAUACGGGAACAGGAUGUACACUUACGAACCAGAAGAUAUUUCGACCUUGAUUGAAAACAUGAGACAAGCAAAGCUGCUUCUGCACGCUGAGCUCUGA